CUCCCAAAGCUCCAUUCAUUGGCCCUGCUGCACCGGGUCUGCAGGGCACUGCUUCCGCUCAGUUGCUAAAACUGCUGCCUCGUGGGCUGCCAGGGGUAGGUGUCCUGGGGGCUUUGUCUGACUGGGCCGGCCUAGGACGGAAUGGGGGUUCCGGCAGUGUUGUUAGGGAUGCUGAGCCUCCUGGGAGUGGCUGUGGGGGGCUCCUCUGCCCUCCGCUGGGACAGCACCUCCUGCCACUUGGCCAGGCCCAUCCCCGGCAGCCCCUUGGGGACCCUGAGCUUUCUGGGCAAGGAUGCCCGAGGACUGGCCCUGUUCCACACCCACUGGGACGGGCACGGGAGGCUGCAAGCGUGUAGCUGGCAAGACGAGCCAGAGCUCAUCGCAGCCUUCAGUGCCCUCUGUGCUGGUGAGGUCACCGGGAGCUCCUUCAUCCACACCCCUGGACCCAAGCUGCAGAGAGCCCUGGCCACACUUCAGAGUCAGUGGGGGGCCUGCCGAGGGCCUGAAGAGGGUCCAUUAGGGACCAGGGAGGAGCGAGCAGGACACCGUGGAGCACUCGGCAGCAUAAGACACCAGCGGGUGAAGAGAGGCUGGACCAUACCUGGCACGCUGUGGUGUGGAGUGGGGGAUUCUGCUGGGAACUCCUCAGAGCUGGGGGUCUUCCAAGGCCCUGAUCUCUGCUGCCGGGAACACGACCGCUGCCCACAGACCAUCACGCCCCUUCAGUACAACUAUGGCAUUCGAAACUACCGAUUCCACACCAUCUCCCACUGUGACUGUGAUGCCAGGUUCCAGCAAUGCCUGCAGAACCAGCGGGACUCCAUCUCGGACAUCGUGGGCGUGGCCUUCUUCAAUGUGCUGGAGAUCCCCUGCUUCGUGCUGGAGAAGCAGAAGGCGUGUGUGGCGUGGUACUGGUGGGGAGGGUGUAGAACAUAUGGGUCCAUACCCCUGGCCCGCCUCCAGUCCAGGACCCUCUACAAUGCCUCCUGGAGCUCCCCGGCCACCCCCGUGACUCCCAGCCUCCACAGCCCAGCCCCCAGCAAGCCUCCACAGAAGCAGCGUCCUCAGAAGCGGCCGGCACAAUGGGAAGGGUCUAAGCACCCCAACACAACCAACACCACAGCCCUCUGGGUCCCCAUGGCCUCCACCAAACCUGAUACGUCCCCCACAGCCUGGCUGGAGGUCACCCAUCCAGGCCUCCAGGGGCCACAGAAUGGCCUAAAACCUCACGUGGGCAUCAGUGGGGCCUCGCUGGGGGACCGGGCUGCCCUCACCACCAUGCGCCUCCAACCCAGAUGCCCGCCGGGCUUGCCGCAGCUUCCGCCGCCUGGAUCAAUGCGAGCAGCAGAUCGGGCCUCAGGAAACCAAGUUCCACCUGCUCAACAGCGCCCACGAGCCCCUCUUCCACUGCAACUGCACACGUCGUCUGGCACGCUUCCUGAGGCUCCACAGCCCACCCGUGGGCACCAACGUGCUUUGGGAGCUGCUGGGCAUGACCUGCUUCAAGCUGGCCCCUCCACUGGACUGUGCUGGGGGCAAAGGCUGUUCCAGAGACCCAAGGGCCAUCAAGGUGGCAACCCGGCACUUGCGGCUACUUCAAAAGAGGCGACGCCAGCUCUGGGGUGUGGGCACAGGUGAGGGGCAGGUGUGGCCUUCGGAUCACCCAAGAGCCCCCACGUCAUUCUAUGACCGCUGCCUGCAGCUCACCCAGGCAGCCCAGAGACCCAAUGGGCGACAGAAAUCCUAGAACCAAUGAUCUCAGUUCCAGCUUUCCUGGGCACCAGACUGGACCCUGCCCCUAGCUCUGCUAGGCCCCGGGAGGUCUUGUCUUCCUCUCCGUGUGUUAGACUGAAGCAUGGCUCAGGCCCCUGCGGACAGCCAGGAUGAGGCUGAAAUGCUGGACCACGUCUGCUGCUGUGCUGAGUGAUCAUGAGCUGGUGACACAACCCCUCUGUGCUUGGAUGUGGUGGUCGGGAGGCUCAUUCUGAUACCCUGGCCUUGGGCCUUGUCAGGUGGGAAUAGGGAAAGGGUAAUUUAUUAUAGCAGUCUCAGGAGGUACUCGGAGAAGGUACGUGUAUCUCCAAGUUGCAAAAUUAACACAUAUUUCAAAAACCUGUCCAGAGGAGCCCCACACACCUAUUUGCUGAGGCCUGAGGCAGCAGGUGGGGAACGGAAUGUCACAGAAGAGUGUGUCUGAAUCCAGGCAAGGGGAGGGUGGCUAGCGGGGGCUUCCCAACUCUUUUCCCUGGCGGAUCCCUUCUCAACAGCUGCUGUUCCCUUCCUCACCCAGCCUGGCCCACUAAACCUAAAUUCAAAUCUCCUCUGUGUCCUUGAAUGAGGGACCUCCCCCACCCUGAGCCUUAGUAACUCUUCUGAAAAAGGGGCAGUGUAAUCAGGACCUACCUCCUAGGAUUGUUGAGGAUUAAGUAAACCAAUAUAUGGACAGUGCUCAGCACCUAGUAGAUGUUCCCUCCCUGUAGCAUAUAGCCAAACUGUGGUUAGGUGUCUGAUUCUGAGAGGGUCACCUCCUAGAGGCCUCAGUUUGCCCACCUGUGAAAUAGGUCUAAGAAUUGCACUGAACUCAACACCACAACUCAGGGUUGCGGUGCAGAUUAAAAGAGAUGGCAUGCGUAAUGUAUACAGCUGGUGCCUGGUAAUUGUCAGAUCUAUCAUCCUCUUGCCUCUUUAGUCCCUUCCUCUGAAUACCCCCACUCCAGGCUGUUAACAAGUUAGGAAGGAGUCAGGAGUGAUGCUGGAGAAUUUAAUUUCUAAUGCAUGACCUCCAGGAUUGCACUCCCCCCCCAUCUCAGAUGGGGGCCGAUAGGGCUUUGCUGAUUGUCACAGUUGAGGUGCUAGGACUGAGUUUGGGGGACCCCAGUUGGCCACCCCUGGCCGACAGAGUGGCAGGCGCAGAUAAAGCUGGAGCUGCAGCAAGAGGGACACAGGUGGGUUUGCAGGAGAUU